GAUUGGCUCUGCUGACGUCGGACGCCGCCGCGGCGCGCUCUGCAGACUCCGGGUCGCCGCUCCGCCGGGACGCGUUGGUCCGGGGCGCGCGGUUCUUGGCUGCGGCGCUCACACUCAUGAGGAGCCGGAAGCUCACAGGUGCAGUGCGGUCUUCGGCGCGCUUGAAAGCACGAAGUUGUUUGGCAGCCGGGUUGGCCUCUGCCCAGGAAGCCGCUGGUUCCACGUCUGCCAAGACAGCAUGUCUGACUUCCUCAUCCCACAAAGCCACAGACAGGCGAACGUCCAAGAAGUUCAAAUGUGACAAAGGUCAUCUUGUGAAGUCAGAAUUACAGAAGCUUGUCCCUAAGAAUGACAGCGCUUCUUUGCCAAAAGUGACACCUGAGGCCCCUUGUAAAAAUGAGUUUGCUGAAAGCAGUGCCUUGCUUCCAGGCAGCGAGGCUGGCGUUUCCGUGCAGCAGGGGGCUGCAAGUCUUCCCCUCGGUGGCUGCAGAGUUGUGAGUGACUCUUGCUUAGCAAAGACUAAAGAUGGCCUGUCCGUGCCGAAGCACAGUGCCAGGUCCGGAGCAGAAGAAUCCAGUAGCAGCUCCACUGUGCAGAAGCAGAACGACCCAGGGCUAGAGACAGAGGAUGUGCAGAAGCCACCACUUCAGAUGGACAACAGUGUCUUUCUGGAUGACGACAGCAAUCAGCCAAUGCCCGUGAGCCGGUUCUUUGGAAACGUUGAGCUCAUGCAGGACCUCCCACCUGCGUCUUCAUCAUGUCCUUCAAUGAGCAGACGAGAGUUCAGAAAAAUGCAUUUCAGAGCCAAAGAUGAUGAUGAUGAUGACGAUGAUGAUGCAGAAAUGUAGAGACCAUACAAAAUGAUGUCCGUGCCCUAUUUCAUACCAUUAACAAUUUGACAGUUUAGCACAUUACAAGAUUUAUAUAAAAUGUAUCUCCAAGAGAAUGUCUUAAUCAGACUUCAGAACUGACCCAUCAAAGUCAAUAAAGCACCAAAUGCCUGUGGAGCGUACACUCAUGGGAGCUCAGACUCAGACAGUCUUUGAGGUUGCAGAGCUGCUGUGCCGUGCCGCUGUGCCGUGCCGCUGUGCCGUGCCGCUGUGCUGUGCCAAUGUCCUUUCUUUUUUUUUUUUUUUUUUUCCUUCUUGAAGACAGAGCUUCUUUCUUGUCGCCCAGGCUGGAGUGCAAUGGCGCCAUCUCGGCUCACUGCAACCUCCACCUCCCAGGUUCAAGUGAUUCUCUUGCCUCAGCCUCCUGAGUAGCUGGGAUUACAGGCGUGCGCCACCACGCCCAGCUAGUUUUUGUAUUAUUAGUAGACACGGGGGUUUCACCAUGUGGCCAGGCUGGUCUCAAACUGCUGACCUCAGGUGAUCCGCCCGCCUCAGCCUCCCAAAGUGCUGGGAUGACAGGUGUGAGCCGCCGCGCCUGGCCAGCGUCCUUUCUUGUACACGUACAUACGUGAUGAUGGCUUGAGUCGGCUGCAGGGCAGUGGGCUCAGUGAGAGGGACUUUUGUAAAGACAGCUCUUCACUUCAGCUCAGUAGCUUUGGUCAUAGGCAAGUUUGUUUUCCAUUAUCGUAAUUUGAUCAUACUUGUGAUGAAUUCAAUGCUAGUUCUUAAAGAACUCUUAUUUCUGUGUGCGGAGCUAAUGUUUACUUUGGAAAUUUUGCAAAAUACACGUAAGAAAGAAAUAAAAUAUAUUUUGAAAAUA